AUAAAUGAGUAAAUAAAAAAGAAAAGGAAGGACGGAAAAUUAUCGUACCGCGCUUUUUUUUUUUUUUUUUUUUUUCUUUUCUCUUAUUGAAGCGAGAGAAGACUCGCAAAAUCGGCGAGCGAUCGGUCGCGAGAUCGGUGAUAUGUGUCGCGUUGGCUCGUUGAGCCUCGAUGUGCUUGAUUCAGCGAGCAUGAAGCAUCCAUCGAGGUCAACGGAACUCGAGGUUGCUAUGGCACUCUUCGGCAUGGUCUGGCUGCUGCGAGUUCGUUCGGAGAUGCGUCGUUGUUCAAAGUGCCGACACGAGGAGAUGCUCGCCAGCCAGCAACAACAUCAACAGCAGCAGCAGCAGCAGCAGCAGCAGCAGCAGCAGCAGCAACAGCAGCAACAGCAACAACAGCAUCAACUACAACAACAUUCACAGCACCAACAUCAACAACAACAGCAACAACAGCAGCAACAACAACAACGUCAUCAGCAACGUACGUUGUCGCAGGCAACCAGUCUUAUUCAUACACCCGAUGAUGUUCUCACGUCUUCGGCCAAUACGCUUUACACCUUGGAUACACCAGGUGCUGCUGGUCCAGCUGGCAGCUAUUGCGAGGUUCACGGAUACGUCCAAGCCAAAGAAGAUAUUCAAGAGUUUUAUGAGCUGACGUUACUCGACGAAUCGAAAUCGGUGCAGCAGAAAACGGCAGAGACGAACCGCAUCGCUGCCAAAUGGGAAGCAAGCGACGGCCCAAUCACGCCUACCUUCGCCCAAAAUGACGACGGUCCAGCCUCGGCCUUCCCGUUGACCCAGACUCUGUUGAACAUUUAUGGCCGCAGGUCGAGCAGACCUGACGUUCCAGGUCCCAUUGAUGAGAAUCAGAAAACACGUUACAAUGCGGGAGGUGUGGAGGAACAAUUACCACCACCACCGUCACCACCGCAAGUAAAGGAAGGAAGCCAAUUGGAUGGAGUUCCUAGACCAAAUUCAGUUGAACGUAUUCUUCAUCCUGACGCUACUACUCAACACAUAAUUACGAGCCAUGAAACAUUGAACAAGAGCCACGACAGUUGGCAGGGACACGACGGCGAUCAGGCACACACUCCUCUGCUCGCGGCGGAUACGAGACACGUAAACGGCGACGAUGAUUGGGAGUACGAGGAGAUCGUUUUGGAAAGAGGUGGGGCCGGUUUGGGCUUUAGUAUCGCCGGAGGUACCGACAAUCCUCACUUUGGCAACGACACGGCAAUUUACAUCACCAAACUUAUACCGGGUGGGGCGGCAUCCGCGGAUGGACGUCUUCGCGUUAACGAUACGAUCCUUCAGGUGAACGAUGUCUCCGUCGUUGACGUACCGCAUGCGGCCGCUGUAGAUGCCCUUAAACGUGCCGGCAAUACCGUCAAAUUGUAUGUUCGCCGACGGAGACACACGCAGCUGAUCGAAAUCGAAUUGAUCAAAGGCAAUAAAGGUCUUGGCUUUAGUAUCGCCGGUGGUAUUGGCAAUCAGCAUAUACCCGGUGACAAUGGGAUAUACGUUACGAAGAUCAUGGAAGGUGGAGCUGCACAGGUCGAUGGUCGUCUCGUUGUUGGCGACAAAUUGGUAGCAGUUAGAAAUGCCAUGCAGGGUGACAAGAACCUCGAGAAUGUUACGCACGAGGAAGCUGUGGCAACAUUGAAGGCAACUCAGGAUCGUGUAGUACUUUUGGUGGCUAAACCCGAAGGCACCUUACCUCCACCGCCACCGGCUUCGGAUCGUUCGGUAUCACCACAACCACGUAAGCAAAAUGGGGCAGUGUCAGCGUUGGAAAAUAAUUCAACGCUACCGUAUACGCAAGAAUCUCGUCAUGCGUCGUCUUUAGCGCUUCACGGCGUCGCGACGCCUCGCGCCGUUUCACAGGAGGACGUCUCUCGAGAGGUCCGUACGGUCGUAUUGAACAAAGGCUCCUCGGGUUUGGGCUUUAAUAUCGUAGGAGGUGAAGAUGGCGAGGGUAUCUUCAUCUCUUUCAUCCUAGCCGGUGGACCAGCCGAUUUGAGCGGUGAACUUCGUCGUGGCGAUCAAAUCUUAAGCGUCAAUGGCAUCAAUUUACGAACAGCCACCCACGAGGAGGCUGCAGCGGCCCUUAAGGGCACCGGUCAAACAGUGACGAUCGUUGUACAGUACAAGCCCGAGGAUUACAACAGAUUCGAGGCAAAGAUCCAAGAUCUCAAACAACAAAUUUCUCAACAGAAUAUGAUGACAGGUACCCUCAUGAGGACCUCGCAGAAGAAAUCCCUUUACGUAAGAGCCCUAUUCGAUUACGAUCCCAAUAAGGACGAUGGAUUGCCAAGUCGUGGAUUGGCAUUCCGUUAUGGGGAGAUCCUACAUGUGACGAAUGCAAGCGACGACGAAUGGUGGCAGGCACGAAGAGUAACUCCUCAAGGUGAAGAGGAAGGACUUGGUAUAAUUCCGUCGCGUAGGCGAUGGGAGCGCAAGCAACGUGCCAGGGAUCGUUCGGUCAAGUUUCAGGGUCACAUGCCGGUCAUUCUCGACAAGCAAUCGACGUUGGAUAGGAAAAAGAAGAAUUUCUCGUUUAGCAGGAAGUUCCCCUUUAUGAAGAGCAAGGACGACAAGUCCGAGGAUGGUUCGGAUCAAGAACGGUCGCCCACAACACCUGAGAAUGAAACCGAUCCUACGCCAUUCAUGCUGUGCUACACCCAGGACGACACUAACACUGAAGAUUUGUCUUGCGUCGCAGGGAGUAAAGAAAUUUUGUAUCGCGUUGAACUGCCCUAUAUGGAAGAACUGACAUUAGUUUAUCUGGAAAAGGAGUACGUUGAUGAUGAAAAUUGUGACGAACUUUGCAGCGAAGAGAACGUACUCUCGUAUGAAGCUGUCCAACAACUCACCAUUCAGUACACACGUCCGGUUAUCAUCCUGGGGCCUCUUAAGGAUCGUAUCAACGAUGAUCUCAUCUCCGAGUUUCCUGAUAAAUUUGGCAGCUGCGUACCCCACACGACGAGGAGUAGAAGAGAAUACGAAGUGGAUGGACGGGACUAUCAUUUCGUAGCAUCUAGAGAGCAAAUGGAAAGAGAUAUACAGAAUCACCUAUUUAUAGAAGCAGGACAAUACAAUGACAAUCUUUAUGGAACGUCCGUUGCAUCUGUUCGAGAGGUCGCCGAGAAGGGAAAGCACUGUAUUCUUGAUGUCAGCGGAAAUGCUAUCAAGAGGUUACAAGUAGCACAACUUUAUCCUAUUGCCAUAUUCAUAAAGCCGAAAUCCGUCGAAUCCGUUAAGGAAAUGAAUAAAAGAAUGAACGAAGAACAAGCUAAGAAGACAUACGAACGUGCUCUCAAGAUGGAGCAAGAAUUUGGCGAAUACUUUACUGCCGUAGUACAAGGAGACACGCCAGAAGAGAUCUACGUUAAAGUAAAAGAAGUAAUCGCCGAACAAUCAGGACCCAACAUUUGGGUACCUUGUAGGGAUCAGCAACUGUGACGUCCUGCCCCCCACGCCCUCCCUGGCCCCAAUGCUUGGACCCUACCUCCAAGGCGUCAAGCUUAAUUGAUCUUGAUAAAAUAAUUAAGUAACAACACUCUAACGCCUUUCCCCCCCAUCUCCACGAUCCUCUCCACCCACCUAAGUAGCACAAUGUUGUAACUAAUGGAGAAAAAGAAAGCGAGAUAGAGCGUAAUUAAUGUGAAUCAAGCUGAGAGCUGACUAUAAAGAAGAUAUGAAGAAGAAGAAGAAAAAGAAGAAUGAAAAGAAGACGAUGAAAAAGCCAAGUAAUAACAAAAGAAGUCUUGAAAGAAAUUUGUCUGAAUAUAAAUCAUUGAUUUAAAGAAUUUUAAAGAAGAGUGGCGAAUAGAAGGAAGAAAGAAAAGAAAGAAAAAGAAAAAAAGAAAAAAAUAAGAACACAAGAAAUGAAAAGAAGAAAAGGGGAAGGAACAAGUAAUAUAAUACGUUCAAUCUACUUAUAAAUUUAUAUUUUAUCCGAUAAUAGAAGAAAAGGACUUGGCUCAAAUUUUCACGGUCAACAUCGACGUCCUCUCUCGAUUUAGAACGAAUUUAAAAUUGACGAUGGAUAAAUGAAAGAGAGAGAGAGAGAGAGAGAGAGAUCGUGUGCGCGUGUGUAUGUUUGUAUAUGCAGAAGAGCGGUACGUUGUUAUUGUUGCUGCUAUUAUGUCUCUUUUAUGAGAACGAGUAAAAAAAAAGGAAAUAAGGAUAAAUAUAUCGCGUAACAUUUGUAUCGAUUGACCGCAUAUUGUUGUUAUUGCGUGGUAAAACUCGGGUCAAUCGAUAUUUACGAACAUCACUCGUGCAACACAGUUCGAACAAUUAAAUAUUUCUCUUAUCGAUCUUGAAAACAAAACAUGCGCACGUACGCACGCACGCACGCACGCACACACACAUACAAACACACACACAUACAUACAUACAUACAUACAUACAUACAUACAUACAUACACACAUGCAUACACAAACAUAGCUGGACACAUACACGGAAAUAAAUAAUGAUUCGCAAUAAAGCGCAAAUGAGUAAAGCUUUUCUAAGCGACGAAAAAUCGAACGAAACCUUUUUUUUUCUUCUCUCGUUAAUAAAAGUAACAAAGAAAAAAAAAAAAAAAAAAAAAGAAAAAAUAAGAAAUAAAGAAAAAAGAAAAAAAGCGUCACACGAUCGUUCAAAAAAUACGCACAGCAUUGUCGUAGUAGGGGAUUUCUGCUUUAAAAAAAAAGAAAAAAAAAAGAAAAAAAAAAAGAAAAAAAAAAGAAAAAAAAACGAUAUAACACAAUAGGAAGAGGAGGAAAGGGAAAUUUAAAUAAAUAUCUUCGAAACGAGUAGUGUAUAAUAAAGAUGACAGAUGCUGCGAGGCAUCGAUACGAGAAUGGAAAGGAAAAAAUAUAUAUAUAUAUAUAUAUAUAAGUGGUGGUGGGAGGUGGAGGAGGAGGAGGAGGAGGAGAAAGAGGAAGAGAGGAGGGUGGGGGAAGGGAAAGUGCAUCGACUUUCCGACCGACCACACGCAAACUAUGUAAGCUUCACCGAUUAUAUUCGAGCGAUGUAGCGGUAUUUUUUAAUGUACUUAAUCGCGAUAGAGCGAAAAUCGAAGAGGAGUAGUAGGAGGAUGAGGAGGAGAAAGGAAAAGGGAGAUGAUGAAAAAUAAAAAAAUAAGAAGAAGAAGAUAAUUGUUUCUUAUUAUAGAAAGACGUGGAAAUGCGUCAAAAUGAUAGAGAGAGAGAGAGAGAGAGAGAGAGAGAGAGAGAGAGAGAGAGAGAGAGAGAGAAAGAGAAGGACUAAGAAAAAGAUAGAAAUGACAAGCAUUGCUGAUUGGUUUCUCUCUUUCUCUCGAUUGGGGGGGGGGGGGGGGGACAUGUGAGGCAAUCGCAUUUUAAUUGUUGGAGAAUUCGAUGCGUAUAGAUUGGAAAUAUAAAAUGAGACUGCGUAUUUGACGAUUUUGACGAUUUGACGAAUUGCAUCGACCUAUCUUCCGUCGAUCAUUUGUCCAUGAAUAAUCUAUUGCAUACGUGAGUAAAUAAUUAUAAUAUCGUAGUGUAUUGAAUUGAAAUAAUGAAAUUAUAAAAAGAUUUGAUUUUAGAAAUUGAUCUACGACGAAUGAUCGAGAGGAAGAAAGCGUAUAAUUUAUAUAUAUUCGUGACUCGUCUAAGUAAGAAUAUUAAAGGAUCUACGCGUAUCUUUACGUCGAAAGAGAAUGAGUAAAAGAGAGAGAGAGAGAGAGAGAGAGAGAGAGAGAGAGAGAGAGGAGAGAGAGAGGGAAAGAGAGAAAUUAAAAUAAAAAUAAAAAAUAAAAAAUAAAAAAAAACCUCACAGGACAAAUCUUAUAGAUGCUAGAAUAGCGAUAUAUAAUGUUUUGUACAGCUAGAUGACUAAGCCAGUAUUGGGUUAUGUGCAACAUUAUAUAGAUGAGAGAAGAGGACGACGAGAUGAUGAUGAUGAUGAUGAUGAUAAUGAUGAUAUGAAUUAAUGAAAGAAGAAAAACACUAUUGUAAUUUAAAAUGCCACACUAAAUUAUUAUUAUUACGAUAGUAGGUAUGUAUUAUUGUAAAUACCUAUACCGGACGAGAUAAGAUCGAGAUAGAAAUAAAAAACGAUGAUAGAGAAAGUUGUUUAUCCAUCUACGCGAGAAGAAUUCUCGAUCGCUAAAUACGUUCAGAAUGAACCGUUCGAAUUUGUGUAAUGUAAUUCGGAAAGAAAAAGAAAAGUAAGAAGGAUGGACGCGAAGCGAGGAAUAAAGGGAAAAAAUUAAGAGAGGAAAGUUUAAUUGUUUUAAGAGAUCGACGCGCCGAUUUAUCUUUACCAACGCUUCUCGGUGUAUGAUUAUGUUCCUGCCGAUUGCCUCGGAUAUUAUUGUGUGUACGUUUGAAUGACGAUAAUCGUAUUAACGAUUAUAUUGAUAAAUAGAACGGAUGUAUUAGAGACAAAUAGAGGGGGAGAGGGAGAGAGAAAAGGAGAAGCGAGAUAAGAGCGAACGAAAGAGGAUAAUAAACACGUAAAAAGAAAUUGAGAGAGGGAGAGAGAGAGAGAGAGAGAUGAAGCAGGAUAUAUUCGAUCGCGAACUGUACUUACGUCGCUAAAAAAAAUUCCGAUAUAAUAAAGAAAAUGGGUGAGGGUGUGUAGUAGAGCAUUAGGAAGAAUCGAAGGCAGCGGUGAUCGAGUCGUUAGACAAGCUAUUAAAAAAAAAAAAAAUAAAAAUAAUAAAAAAAUACAAAUAAAAAAGUAAUACAAAAUAAAAAAAAAAAAAAAAAAAAAAAAAAAUGCAAGGCGAAGUUCGUCGAUCUAAGUGUAAUAUAAACUAUUAAUCGUGUAACGUUAUAAUUUGUAUCGACUAUGCACGGAUGAUUACACGUCGGUCCUUUUCCAUUCGACCAUAUUAAAAAUCGUCGUGAAGCGGGAACGGUAGAACGCGCCGAUCGUUAGAGAAAAAACACAAUUAGCCUUUGUUAUCGCGUAGAGAUGAAAAGAAAAUGAUGAAAUAAAAUAAAAAUGAAAUAAAAUAAAAUAAUGUAAUAAGGGGGCGACUGAUUUUCGUUCGCUUAUUCUUUUUUACACGCGCGAACGGGGAUUUGGUAUCGAGCUAUGUGCGUUUAUCGCGAGAGUAUUAUUAUUAAUUAUUAAUUAUUAUUAUUGUUAAGAAGAGUGUCGCAAAUAUGUUGAAACGGUGGGAGGGAAGAAGCUAGGAAGAGUAAAGUAAUAGAUAGAUAGAUAGAUAGAUAAAGAGAGAGAGAGAGAGAGAGAGAGAGAGAGAGGGAGGAUGAAAGAAAGAGAGGAAAGUACUAGGUCGAGGAGAAAAGUAUCACUGUAUUCCGUGCUGGUUGUGUCCGAAGAUAUUGCAGAGCCAGGCUUCAAUCGAGUAAAGUUGUCUGCCUCCAUGUAAAGGAACGUAUUAAGAGAAUAAUCACUACCGACACUUAUUAUACACCUCUAUAGUCUAUUUAAUAAUAUUACUUAUUGAAUUGUCAAUCUCAUGUUCACCUUGUUUCAUCGUUUUUAAAUAGUUAAUAAACGUUUUACCAAUUUUAA